AUGAAUUCCAACGAAUCGUUGUUUGAGGACAUAGAGCAGGAUAAUAAUCCGUCAUUUUAUGGUAACGGAUCUAUUUUAAAUGAUCCCUAUGGAAAUUUGAAUAAUAAUAACAACACUAAUACUAGCUAUCAUAAUCAUAAUAAUGGCAAGAAUGAAUACGAUGAACUGCAUAAUAACAUAGUUAAUAGUACAAUUGGGCUAUCUAAUAGGAUUCAAGAGUUUGUGAAUGAUCCAGGAUUGAAAAUUGACAUCGUUUCGUGUGAACGCUUGGUAAAUACGUCUGUAAUCACAUAUUCUAUUGAGUUGUCAGUUGCGGAUAGCGAACCUAUUAUAGUCAAACGGAGAUAUAGUGAAUUUGAAUCGCUUAGAGAUAACUUGGCUAGAUUAUUUCCUUCUGUGGUUUUACCUCCCAUUCCGGCAAAGCAUUCGAUAAUAACGUACUUAGUGAACUCAAUUAAUAACUCCAAUGAAGUUACUAUGAUUGAAAGCAGAAAGAGGUACUUCAAGCAAUUUUUGCAAGAUUUAAUAGGCAUUGAAAGGAUAAAACAUUGCCCAUUAUUAUACAAGUUUCUUGAUCCAAAUUAUGAAAUGCAUUGGAACAAUGCCUUGAAUGAACCACCGAUCAACUCUAUUCCUAACAAUUUGCUUUUGGCGAAUCCCAUAGAUCCUUCCGAUCGUAAUGGGUUAUACUCUCUCUUGCCAGUGGUGAAUGGAUUUGAGUUCAAUUCCGGUACCGAUAGCGCAUCAUCUUUGAAGAAGCUCAACGAUGAUGUUCGAAGAUUAAAUGACCAAAUCAGAUCAUUUGACCACGAAUCACAGUUCUCUUUCGAAAUUCCCCAACACUUGGUUUUUUCUGAAAAGCUCUUUAAUAAGAAUAUCAAAAUUUUGAAUGAUUUGAAUAAGCUAAAUUCCAGGACUUCCAAAAAUUUGAAAUCAAUUAUUAAUACAUUGAUUGAAUUGGGGGGAAAUUUAAACAACUUUUCCUUACAGAUUUAUGAUAAUCAAUCAACUGAGCUAAGUACCACAAUUGAAAAGUUGGGGUCAACUGUGGAUUCAAAUUUUUUAAACUUUGAAGGAUUCUUACUUGAAAAUUUUGUUCCAGAAUGGCAGGAGCCUGUGUUUCAAAUAGUUCAGUAUUAUCUGUCUGCAUUGCAAUUAAUAAAGUUUUACAAAUUCAAGAUUAUUCAAUUUAAGUUAGUUCAUAAAUUGAAAUUCAAUAAGAUUAACGAAUUAUCGAAUUUUAAUGCAACUUUUGAUUCCCAGGUGAAAUUAGAUAACUUGAGAGACUUGGAAACAAGCAGUCCGACUAUUAGCAAAGCAUUGAAAAAGAUAGAGUUAAGACAGAAAAAAGGACGUGGUCUCAAAAAGAAAGGCUCAUGGUACGGCCUAUUCGGAGGGUCAAAGCAACUUCAAUUUUCACUUAAUGAUUCGAAUAUGAGUGAGGGUAUGGAUAUUAACAGUCAGUUCAAGCAUAAAAUCAGUCACAUAGAAAAAGAGCUAGAUAAGCUAGAUCAACUAGUUGAGUUAUCCAACAAUGAUAUAGUUAAAUUAUCUGACGAACUUCAUGUGAACUUUCAUGAGUUCUUAAAAAAAUUAGAGGUGAAAUGGCUAAUCAUGAUGUUAGAUUUCAUUAGAAAUGGAAAAGCAUUAUUUGAAAAAAACUUGCACAAUUGGGAUGACUUUAAGAACUAUUUGGUCGACGAUAGUCAUUGA